AUGGGACAAAAUGCUUCUGUACAGCAAGACCAUGCUGAAAUAGGUCAUGAGAAAAGGCAAUUCACCUCCAAUUCUGAACUAAUGGAGUUUUUCGACAAGAGAGCAGUACAUAUGUUUACUGCCACGGAACUGGCAGCUUUUAAGAGUAAACUUGAAGGCAAGACAUUAAAAGACCCAGUCCGUUCAGAGGAAUUGACCCGGUGGUUACGAAUUCCAUGCGAAAAUGUGCUUCUGUGUGAAGCUGUUUAUGAGUUUGUGCGAGUUUUGAGUAAUUUCCCACUGAUGAAGGAUAGCUUUGACGAUGUAACAGGUGUCGGUUUACUUAAGUCCGUCUUACUGACCAAUCCUUCUAAAUGUCACAAAUACGUUGGUGUCAAGAACUAUGAUCACAUGAAAUUACUAUUUAUUGCCCUGAGUAUGAGGAAAUCCGUCAAGGAAGAACCUUCAUGCAGUUCAUCCACCUCACUAGAAGACGGCGGCGGCUCCAUCAACCUCCUGCGGACAUACAAUAACAUAGUAGUCGAUGAUCUGGCCAUACCAGCGACAUCUCUCGUGCAACUAUUGGCAUGGUUAUUGAUUUUGACUUCCUAUUGUCCUACAAGCAAUUGUCAGUUCCCCGAGGACGUAGUCUAUGCAGAGUGGGGAUCAUUCAAAUUGGCAGCUACAAAUUUACUGAGGACAAUGAAUAACAAUAUUGUGACAAACUUGGAGUCUUACAGUGUGAAGUUUGAGCAGUUUUCAAAGGCUAUUUCAACAGUGAUGCCCAACAUUUUUAGAGCAUUACAAAAUGUGAUGGAACAUCUACUUUAUCAGGAUUCUGAUCUCGUAUCUUUCCCUUCGAAUUCCGCAGGCCCAAUUUUGACUUCAAAACCAACGACGCAGGCCGUCUUGGCACAACUAAUUACUGCGCUAUCCAAUGAAAUGACAUUCGCAAAGUUUCAAAAUUUAUACGUGGGAAGAGAGAGUGGCUUUUCGAUGAGAUCGUUACAGGCCAAGGUCUUUAAAUGGAUGGCUCCUACUGUAAUGUUGCUCAGUGGGAAGUGCGUUCUCGAUGAUGAAGACUUCAGUAAAAAGAAUUCAAGAUACAGAGAUUUCCUUUCAAAGUAUCCCAAGCUGAAGGAUAGAGAUCAGCAUUUGAGUGAUCUCCAGAAAAAUAAAACCAAAGUCGUCUUUGCAGUUUACAUACCAGAACCAUGGAAGACAACCAACAAGGACUACUUUGGUGGUUCGGGGACAACCAUCGUUCAACUUUCACCGACACAGGAUGUUUUCAAAGCCGCUAGUAAUGAAGUGAUGUACUUCAACACCUUAGGUGGCGGAAUUGGGAUAGGUAAUAACCAACCACAUAUCAAAAAUGGCGUCAAGUCCUACUCACCAGGAAAUGUUUCCCUUACAAUUGAUAGCACGCUAGAAUUUGCGGCUUUCAGACACGUCGGCUAUGGUGGGACUUUUAAUCCGGGCCUACUGCUAACUCAAUUCAAUCGCGAGGAUGACCCUUUUGAAAUCAAAUUUUUAAUUCAGGAUGUUGAAGUGUGGGGUUGUGGCGGCAAAGAAGAAUUAGAAGAGCAGUACAAGAAGUGGCAGUGGGAAGAAGCCGAGGCUAAAAGGCGCCAAAAUAUUAAUUUAAGAAGCUUUGGUGAAGACAGAGCUUUGCUAGAGAUGGCGGGUCUUGUUGGUCAUUCUCAGAAUGGUGGUUCUAUGUAA